AUGGAAACGAAAUCUGACUCUUCAAGGCCUGUACCCGCUGAUGAUCAAGGUACAGCAACGGGACUCUAUGAGCCAAUCGCUAUUAUCGGCAUGGGAGUGCGGCUCCCCGGACAUGUUCAUACCCCAGCAGACUACUGGGACCUUCUAUUCAAUGGCAGAAGUGGACGGUGCCGCGUUCCCAAGAGUCGAUACAAUGUCGAAGCCUGGUAUGGUCCGGGCAGACCCAACCAUGUCCCAACGGAGUUUGGCUACUUCCUCGAGGAACUGAAUCUAGCACAUGUGGAUCCUAGCUUCUGGUCUUUCACAAAACAGGAAGCUGAGCGCAUGGAUCCUCGACAGCGACUAUUUCUUGAAGUUGCUUACGAGGCUCUUCAGAGUUCCGGAACCACAAAGUUCAGGGGUACCGAUGUUGGCGUCUAUGUUGGCACCAUGGGCGACGACUGGAGUCAGCUUGAGUCUCGCGACGAGCAGAGCCUCGAGCAAGUUCGACCUGAUGUAUAUGGAGAUUAUAUCCUUGCAAACAGAGCCUCGUAUGAGUUCGACUUGACCGGACCGAGAGGAGAAGGCGUUUCUGUAGUCUACAUUAAGAAGCUUUCGGAUGCCGUACGGGAUGGCGACCCCAUCCGGGCGGUCAUUCGGUCUACAUGUCUGUCCGGCAAUGGAAGAACCCCGGGUCUUACCACACCAAGUUCCCAGAGUCAUGAGAGACUGAUGAGACGAGGGCAUCGGAUAGCCGGUAUUACGGACUUGUCGAAGACUGCGAUGGUUGAGUGCCAUGGAACUGGAACCUCUGUUGGCGACCCUAUUGAGGUCGGCGCGGUUGCCAAUAUUUGGGGAGAUCACGGCAUCUACAUCGGAUCGGUCAAACCUAAUAUUGGUCAUGGCGAAGGUGCAUCGGGGUUAUCCAGCAUCAUCAAAAUGGUAUUAGCAUUGGAAAACUCGACAAUCCCACCCAAUAUCAACUUCAAGACGCCUAAUACAGCAAAUCUACUUCUAGCACCCAAAGAGCAGAGCAGACUUGCCGAGGCGGAAUUCUCACAGCCAUGUCUUGUUGCCAUCCAGGUCGCUCUUGUGGAUUUGCUCAGAUCAUGGGGUGUCACACCCGAUGCCGUUGUCGGACACUCUUCAGGAGAAACUGCCGCCGCUUAUGCAAGUGGAGCAAUCACAGCUGAAGAUGCUAUUCGCAUUGCAUACCACCGAGGUCAGAUUACCCUGCUCAUCAAAGCCGCCCAUAAAGGCUCCAUGGCCGCAGUCGGACUUGGUCGAAGUCAGGUUCAGAAGUUUCUCCGCCCAGGUGUUAUGAUCGGCUGUGAGAACUCACCCGCCAGCGUGACGUUGUCUGGUGAGGCAGAUGUGCUUGAAGACGUGAUGAAAGACAUCAUGGCCGAACACCCUGGAGUGCUAGCACGGAGCCUUCAUGUUGAGUGCGGGUACCAUUCGCAACAUAUGAAAACAGCAGAGAUGGACUUUACAAGACGAUUGGAGGGGUGGUUGCAGCCAGUUAAACCGAAAAUCCCAUUUUAUUCGUCGGUCACAGGCAUACUGAACAACGAUAUGUCUCACUCAUACUGGGUACGAAACGUGGUUUCUCCAGUUCUAUUCAGCACAGCAGUUGAGUCUGUUCUCGACGAUUUCAAGUCAGCAGCUUUCGUGGAGAUAGGUCCACAUUCCGCCCUCGCUGGCCCUAUACGGCAGAUCUUGCACAGCAAGGGUCGGGUCGCUCAGUAUGCCCCGACCUUAGUCCGCAAUGAGGAUGCGGUAUCCUGUGUUUUGAAGACCGCAGGAGAGCUGUGGUCAGUUGGCGCUAGUAUUGAGCUCGCCGCAGUCACACCAGCCGGGAACUUUCUGACAGAUAUACCAACAUACCCUUGGCACUAUGACAAAGAGUAUUGGGUCGAGAGUAGACUUUCUCGAUCCUGGCGUCUGCGCAAGUUCGACCAUCACGAGCUGUUGGGCACUCGGGUUGAGGAGAUCUCCGAUGCUUGUCCUGCCUGGAGAUGCAAUCUCAGAGUCGAGGAUGUUCCUUGGAUCCGAGAUCAUAUGAUUCUCGGAGAGAACGUAUUUCCUGCAGCCGGAUUUGUGUCCAUGAUCGGGGAAGCGUUGAAGCAACUGAAAGGGUCCGUCAACUACACCCUCGGGCAUGUCACGUUUGAUUCCGCUUUGGUGCUGAACGACCGUCCGGUCGAGCUCGUCACUGUUCUCAAUCCUCCGCCACCCACGCCGUAUCUGGAUUCGGAAUGGUACGAGUUCUCGAUAUCUUCGCUUAGUGAAGGCGGUGACACUUGGGUCAGACAUGUCACGGGCGAGUGCAAAGCUGGCUCUGAUUCAGGCCACCAGUUCCCAGAAGUUGUGAAACUUCCCCGCAAGGUCUCCUUGGACUCCUUCUACAGUACCUGGAAGAGGUUUGGACUGGAAUACGGUGCCAGGUUCCGGAACCUUGCCGAUGCUAGCUCCCAUGUUACCGAACCGACAGCCAUUGCAUCUCUGCAAACGGAAUUAUCAGACUACGAAAUGGCAUCCUACGCCAUUCAUCCCACAGCUCUUGAUUCGAGCAUGCAUUUUGCGAUGGUCGCAUCAUGUCGUGGUCUUACCAAAAACUUUAAGCAGAUGGCGAUUCCUACAUACAUCGAGGAAUUGUAUGUUAGCAGACCCUCAGGAAAGAUACACCUCGAAGCGACGGCGACUGAGAACUCGUCGAUGAAAUUGUCAAGCUACAUCACCGGAGUAUCUGAUGGUGAAACUGUCAUUGACAUCAGAGGCCUUGAGGUGGAGCCUGUUGCUGGUAGCUCUGCCAUCCAAGCCGAGGAUACCCAUGCAGGCGCUAUUGUGGAAUGGAAACCCGACAUUGACUUCCUAGACCCUACUCAUAUUGUUCGUGUCCAAGACCUUGAUUCUUGCGACAAAAGCCUGGAAAAGCUGGUGUUAGCAUGUAUUGUGGAGUCGAGAGCGCAAUUGCAGUUCCUUCCAGCAACGCAACCACAUUUCGUCGACUUCAAGAGCUGGCUGGACGCCACAUAUCGACAGACUGUGGCUGGAGAACACCAAGAUCUUGCCAGUGCAUUUGAUAUCGCAAACACUACUCCUCAGUUGAGACAGGCGCUCAUCGCAGACAUGCUAGAAGCUUGCAAGGGCACACCCACGGAAAGCCUUGCGCUGGCAGUCCAUCGUGUGUACACGAAUGCUGCGGCGUGCUUCACUGGCAGGCCAGACGCUAUCAAGGCCAUAGAUUCUGCCAUUUCAAUGGCUGAAGAUGUGAAAACUCUCAGCGACAUCGAUCUCGCAUCUUUCCUUCAGCUUUCGGGCCACAAGAGGCCGAAUAUGAACAUUCUACAAAUCGGUGGUCCCAACGACACUGCCGCUACCAUCAACAAGAUAUUGUCAGCUCUUUCAUCUGAUAACUUUGGCGACCGUCUCUAUGGAAACUACGUCUAUGCCUGCACAUCAUCAGAACCUUCCACUUGGGUGCAGGACUGUUUACGAAAUUAUCCUGCUGCCAAGUACAGUAAUCUCAAUACUGAUGCUGACUUUACAUCUCAGGGAUUCAGAAACGAGUCGUUUGAUAUUAUACUUGUUUUGGAUGGAGGAUCAUUUUCGAGAACCAAUUUGAAAAAGAUGCGCAAAUUGCUGAAGUCUACGAGGGGCAUAAUACUCGGGCAGACAAAUUCGGCAUCAAGAACUCUCCAGUAUGUCACGGGCCUUCUACCACAGUCGAAUUCGUUGUCGGAGAAUCUGGAACAAGAGCACUAUCUUCGAGAUCAGCUACAGCAUGCUGGCUUCGAUGGUAGUUCGGCCGCUACGCUCUUGGGCGAUUAUUCACGCAUGACCAUCGCCCGCCCUUUCUCGGACCACUGGAAGACCGACCAAAUCAGCAUCAUCUGCGAGGACCCAGCCCAUAAUUUAGUCAAAGACGCAACGGAGGCUCUUCGUGGGCUCGGUAUAGAUCUCGACUUCGUCGUCCUGGGCGACGAACUGCCAUGGGGACAGCCAGUCGUGAGCCUCUUGGAUCUUGAAGGCUCUUUCAUCCAUGGAAUGUCACAGCAAGGAUGGGAAGAUCUCAAGAAGACCAUUCUUUCGGCACAAGAUGAGAAGGUGCUGUGGGUGACCGGGGCUUGCCAAAUCGAAUGCAAGAAUCCGAAUUAUUCCCUGGUAUUGGGCCUCGCCCGAACUCUUCGCAGGGAACUUUCAAUGGAUUUUGUUACCUUGGAGCUUGAGUCAUUUGACACCAAUGGCUGGAAAGCUAUGCAUACCAUCCUCAAUAGCUUCGGACAGCGCAUCACUGGAGGUGACGUGGAUCCAGAGUCGGAGUACGUAUUUUCACAAGGCUUGCUUCACAUUAGUCGCUUCCAUUCAGUCGAAGUCUCGAAGCUCUUGCAAGAGUCGAGUGAAGCCUCCAGUGAAGAGAUUCGGGGUCACAAAGGGCUUUCUCAAGUGCCUGAGACCGAUAUGUUAGACAACUGCCAUUUCUCUGCCAGCUCAUUGACACCGUCCAUGACCUGCCGCUCGGAUCGAACUUAUGUUUUUGUCGGUGGGCUCGGCGGACUCGGACAGGCCACGGCAAGAUUUCUUGUCGAGCGAGGAGCCAGAGAGCUCAUUUUCUUUUCGAGGUCAGCUGAGCAGUCAGCUAAGGGUCAUCCUGAGUAUUUUGAAGAGUUGAGGGCUUUCGGAUGUGUUGUCCAAGCGAUCUCUGGGAGUGUCAAUGUCAUGGAUGAUGUUGCAAAAAUGGUUCACUCGGCAAACCGUCCGAUCGCUGGGUUGCUACAAGCAGCUAUGGUUCUCCAGGAUAUCAACAUCACCGACAUGACCUUUGAACAGUGGCAAACAGCAGUUGACCCGAAGGUGCAGGGGACUUGGAAUCUCCACAAUGCUUUGCAGCAGCACCAAAGCGAGCCCCUUGACUUCUUGUUUCUUUUCAGUUCGCUCUCGGGUCUUGGAGGUCAGAUUGGUCAGGCAAACUAUGCAGCAGGUAACGCCUUUCUUGACGCCUUCGUGCAGUAUCGCCACUCCAAGGGACUGGCUUGCUCAGUUCUCGACAUUGGCAUUAUGGAAGAUAUUGGUGUCUUAGCGAGGGAGCAGAAUCGUCUUGAAGCCCUGCGGGCGACGAAGCAACAUUGCCUGCACGAACAGGACCUUCUUGAUGCUUUGGAGUUGAUGAUCGGACGGUCUCAGCCAGUACCCGAAGAAGAGAUUCACGCCAUUCAAAACGCAAUUCCCAGCUCCAGUCUAGUUGCCAUCCUCAACACCAUUCUCUUCAUUUCAUUCAUCUCUACGUCGUUUCCCAGACUCCAUACCUUCGACCACAAGAUGCAGUUCAACGCUAUUCUCCUCACCCUCGGCCUGUUGAGCGCCACUGCUUCCGCUGAGACUAUUCUCGGAUGCUGGAACGGCCGAUUCACCUGCGCUGGCGCUUGUAUCAACAAGGGCGAGUGCAAAGAAAUUCAGAGCAGCGACAACGCCUGGUGCUGCGUUGUUUGA